UUCGUUAUCGAAAUAAAGUCUCCAAUCGCCCAGAAUGUCUAGUCUACGAGAUAUAAUGGACGUGGAUGUGGAGCCUCUCGAGUCUCAAGCCAUCCAAAGAUCAAGAGACAUCGCGCUCCUUCAAAACCAAUCCCUCGACACACGACCAACGAAUUCAUUGUCGAGGACAGAACGAAGCACUACACAGCGGUCCGUUAAAAGGAAACGCCCAACCCGCAUCAGCAAGCCAUCAUCGUCGGCGGGGUCAUCACGUUCAGGCACAGCACGUCGGCGCAGUAGCGGCGCCACAGAGUUGAUGGAUCCAUCGGGUUACGGGCAAGGCGGCUCGCAAAAUAAUGCGAGACCGUCGUUACCGCGCGGGCUCGAGGCAGAUCAACCCGUCCGAUAUACUCCAGUCACUGGACGUGUGAGCAAGGCAAAGAAGGGCCAGCCCGUCCAUGUCUGUGAGCAAUGUGAUGAGCCAAAGGCCUUCACUAGAGCGGAGCACUUACGACGCCACCAACUAAGCCACGAACAAGCAAAGCUUCCGUGCACAUUUCCAGAUUGUGAGAGGGUCUUUCACCGUCCUGACCUUCUAUCUCGGCACAUGAGCCGGCAUGAAAUCCAAGGUGAUGGGCCGUAUAGAACCAGCGACUACAAGCCCAUCGACAACGAGCAGAGAUCACGAUCGUCGUCGACAUCCAGCAACCCACGAACACCACCGCAAAAGUAUUCGCCGCAGCGGCCCAACAUGAAUGCGCCCAACUCCAACUAUGCAUCUCCCAACAUCCAGGCUCCCACGGCGAAUGCAAGUGCAAAUAUGCGCCUGUCUAAAGAAUACGAGCCCAUAAUGGGUUCCUUCCAGGCGGUUAACGUCUCAGAAUCCUCCAACCAACGACCCCAUAGUCGCACCGACGGCUCCGAGAGCUCUGGUCUCCAAUUCUCCCCCGCGAGAGGCUCCAUGACCUCCCACGCCCUCAACACCAGCACCUACCACACCAUCCCCAUGAGCACCAACAUGACCUCUGACUUCCUCCUCAGCCACCCCUCCACCCUCGGUCCUGCCUUCGAACAAUCCACCUACUCCUCCUUCGCCUCAAACGUAUACCCCGGCUCUGGCCCCGGCGACAUUCCUCCACUCACCCUCCAAGUCCCCGACCCCGCCUAUAACCCCUCCCUCGCCUCUCCCCCCUACAACUCCUCUGAGUCCAACUGGUCCACCCCUUCGGACGUCUCGCGCCAAGGCACCGCAUGGCCGCACGACCGCGCCCUCCAAGCCGGCUGGGCCGCUGCUGAGUCCCACUCCACGGCCGCGCAGCAGCAACAGCAGCCUCUGUUUAUCGCGCAGAACAUGAAUCUCCUCCGCCAGCAAGGGGGCCUCCAUGUUGUUCCCGAGCAGUUCCAGGGCCAGUUUAUGUCGACUACACGGCAAUUCGGCAAUUCCAUUGUGACCUCCCAGCCGAUGGAUGAGCAAGGUGGCGUUGAAGGGGGUGGUGAUAUAUACAGCCAAGAUGGAUCAGACGCGAGGGACUUCUCGCACCAGCAGCAUGUUUUUGGCAACAACUUCUACCAGGGCCUUUAAGCCUGGCUUUCGAUUUUAAUAACUGCCGAGUCAAGCAGCGACAUCUUUUUUAUUAAAGAAUAAUUUGUUUGAGAGAGGAGAAAUUGGGGGUGGAAACAGACAGACCAGAUGAGACAGACGAAGACAGAUGAAGAUGGGACAGGAGUCAUGAUUUUUUUGGAUGUUUUUUUUUGGGAUACAGCGUACGCACAACCUCAAACUUCACCACCACCGCCGCCACCACAACGCCUUUCUUCUAACCUAAUCCCGACACCUGAAACGGCAUAAUGACUACAUUUUUUAACGCUUCAAUUAAACAACUCUGCUUCUUUGCUUAUUGUUUUUUUGGCUUUUAGUUUUUUUUAUUACUAUUAUUAACUUUAUACUUCUUGCUUCCUUGCUUCUCUCUAAGUGCUUUGUGGUUUCGUGUGCUUCUAUCUUGGCGCUUCCUUCCAUCUUCUCAUGAUGAUUCUUGUCUCCCGAUCGCCUUAUUUUUAUCUCACUUACCGCUUGGUGCUUUUGCUUGCAUACCUGUUUUGCUAUGCAUUUUUGGUUUGAUUUUUCUGCGAGGAUGGCUGGGGAAGCGGGUGAGAUGGGAUGGAUGAUGUGAGAUGAGGCAUAACGCCGACACUAGGGUCACGUACAAAAAAAAAGACAGACA